AGUCAUUUAAUCUAACCUUGUCCAUUUCGUAUGUCAAGUUUUCAAGAUCAGAGUGGUGAACAUGGUGAAGACUACGAGACAGAAGAACAGCUCCAAGCUCGCAUCCUGACCGCAGCUCUAGAGUUCGUUCCACAGCACAGCUGGACUGUGGAGGCCAUCGCAGCUGGAGCAGAGACUCUUGGCCUGUCAUCAGCUUCCACUGGGAUGUUCAACAAUGGAGCUGGAGACUUGGCCCUGCAUUUCAUCGCGCAGUGUAAUGCUCAACUUGCUGAGACACUCGCAGAGCAAAAUAACCAGGUCCAGCUUGGACAGGCAGAGUGAGUUUAAUAUUAUGAAUUAU